AAAGAUGGAGCUACUGGCUUAUCCUCUGGCUUAGCCAGUGAUGAAGAUGCUUUAAUGUUUUUUCGUAUUGGUUGACUGGAGUGGUAGUGCUACUACUUUAAUACUUUAAAUAUAGUCCAGCUGAACUUUCACCCAGUUUUCUUUCUCCACCCCUCCACCUCCCACCCCCAGACUCUCACUCACACUGAUAGCCAAGGGCAUCUGAGGUUCUGCUCAUAAGCUCACUCCUGCACGAUGUCGAACCCCAGAAAAGUGGUCGAGCUCUUCUAUGACGUGGUCUCUCCCUAUUCCUGGCUGGGAUUUGAGGUACUGUGUCGCUACAGAAAUGUCUGGAACCUCGACCUCAGAUUUCGGCCUGCAUACUUGGGUGGAGUCAUGCAUCUGUCAGGUAACAAACCACCUGCAAUAGUCCCGAAUAAGGCUAUAUACAUGGCCACAGACCUGGACCGGCAGGCCAAGUACUGCAAUAUACCUUUGCGGUUUCCCGCGAACCCCUUUGAGGCCAUGUUUGAGAAAGGCUCUCUCAAUGCUAUGCGGUUUGUGACAGCUGUCUCAGAGAAGGAGAAGGUGGGAGAUAGUCUGGUGGAGAAAGUGUCUAGAGAGCUUUGGAAGCGAAUCUGGAGUGCCGACCAGGAUAUUACUGAGCCAGCAUCUCUCUCAGAGGCAGGCCUAAAGGCCGGUUUCUCUGCCAGUGAGGUGGAAGAGCUACUCAAACUGGCCAAAUCUCAGCAAGUCAAAGACAAACUGAAGCAAGCUACAGCUGAAGCGAUGGAACACCAGGCGUUUGGCUUUCCUCUCAUUGUGUGUCACAUGGAUGGAAAGCCAGAGGCGUUCUUUGGCUCAGACAGGUUUGAGCUCAUGGCUUACUGCAUAGGAGAAAAAUGGCUGGGACCUCAACCUGACAAACCCACAGCCAAAAUGUGAUGCAUCUGUUCUGCCUUAAACAGUUACAUCCUAACUCAUUUUGAGUAGGUUUAAAACAUUACUUUCAAAUUGUCACUGUCCAAAACGAAACAAGACAGAAAAACCCCACAAGUAUGUCCUUUUUUUUUUUUUUUUUUAUCUGACCUCAGCAUCUGUGAGCUUUGCAUAAUAUGAUCUCUCUAUGUUCACUUUCAAUGUAAGUUUUUGCCUUUUCCUAUGAAGUCACCAUUUUGGAGAGAGUUGUUUUUCUUUGGACAGAGACAAAAUACUCCUGAAGCUUAAUUCAGUCAAAUAACCCUGUAUGCACUGUAGAUGAAAAUUUACUUAAUAAAGCAUUUGCAUUAAAUAAU